AUGGACGGGUUAGCAGAUGUGAGGGAUACGCCUCAUAAGUUGGGGUCCUACAGGGGGACGCCUACCACCCCGAACAGCAAAUUUUCCGAUAAAUUUUCGAGUUUUCUACCGAGUUCCCUAAGUGCUAGAUUCCAUAAGCCAAAGAUGGACGGGGAGAACAAAUUAAUGAGUUCUGUGAUAAAUAAUGAGGUUAUUUCGAAUCCCCACGAUUUUCUGGGUAAUGGGGACAUUAUGGGCGGUUCUGGUACCCCGCUAGGAGCUGCUGGUACGAGCAAUGCUACUCCCUUGGUGAAUUUUCCCUCUGGCAGCAACACAAUUUUGGAGUCUCCAGUAACUCGGUCUCGACAAAGAACUAAUACCGUCCCAGUUCAGUGGGGUUUGAAUUUACCUAAUCUGAUGAAAACGGAGUCCACAUACAGUGAAAAUUCAAUAUGGUCUGAGGAUAUUGGAAGGAAAAGAUCUCAAUCCAUGGCAACCUACGAGUCUAUGCCCUCAGCGCUGCCCAUAUUUCAGGAUGAUGUGGACCCUACAAGCUUGAACUGGAUUACUACGAAUCAGAAAAAUGUGCCGCCCGCAAAUUUAACGGCAACGUUGAUACCUACCUCGACAAUUGCUGUGUCCAAUAUAUUCCCCAUGCAAACACAAUCCGUGAUGUGGUCGAACGCAAUGAACAUGACAAGCGUCGUAUUAGGUACUUUAUUUUCUCAGUUUGGUAAGAUUGUCUCAGUAAGGACACUGCAGAAUCUGUUUAUGGCCAUCAUCGAGUUUGAAAGCGUCGAAAGUGCAAUUCUCGCGUUGGAGACAAUGCAAGACAAAGAGAUCAGUAUUGUCGGUGUUCCCUCAAGGAUAACUUUUGCCCGAAUUUUGUCAUAUUCCCCAACGGAAUCACAGUCAAUCGCGGCACCACGUUCCAUGACUCAUGAUCUUGUUUAUAAUGGUACUGUUAAGUUUCAACUGCACCCUAACGGUAUGCGAAUCCCGAUCUUUGUGGACCAAUACAAUUCAAACAGCGUUAUAAGACCGCACCUAUCAGCUUCAAACAGCGGACCAGAGACAUGUCCAUUUCCAUUACCUCCUCCGUCGUUGGCGCAGUUGGCCAAACCAUUGCAACAUACCUUGGAUGAACUAGGUGCUAAGGUGAACAUUAGCCGUUUACUUUCUAUGAAACCGUGUAAUAACAUGGGCCAGUUUGCCCCAAUGCCUGACGCAGUACCUCAUAAACAGUUCCAAACACCAAAAUUGCGGGAGAUUCGUAAAUCCUUGGACAACAAUUUGAUGAGCACUUUGGAGAUCGAACAGCUGGCUCUUGUAAUGCUCGACGAGUUGCCUGAACUGAGUUUGGACUAUUUGGGGAACACUAUUGUGCAACGGCUAUACGAUAAAUGCGGUACCGUUAUUAGGGACAUUAUUUUGAGGAAACUUGCCGAUUACCUGAGCUUAUUUGGCAUUCAUAAAUCUGGUACCUGGGUGUGUCAGAAAGUGAUCAAGCUAGCAAACACCGCCAGAAGCAAACAAAUGAUAUCAAGGGGCAUUGAACUUUACUGUACCUCGCUCUCGAAUGAUCAGUUUGGCAAUUACGUUAUCCAGGAAACGAUUAAGCUGGGAUAUCCAUGGAACCAGUUCAUCUUUGACAAUGUACUAGUUAAUUUCUGGAACGUUUGUUCCAACAGGUAUGGUGCACGUGCAGUAAGAGCGUGCCUGGAGUCCACAGAGGGGAUUGUACAAAGUCAGAUAGCCGCAGUGAGCAGCGCCAUCAUACAGUAUGGGCAAUACCUGAUAAUCGACCACAACGGGGCGCUACUGAUCACAUGGCUGCUCGAUACGUGCCAUCUUCCAAAACGGUACGAAAUGCUGACCAAUCACAUCCUUUCCUAUUUGGGGGAACUGUGCUGCCAUAAACUAGGGUCUCUCACCAUCCUCAAGAUCCUCAAUUCAAGGGGCAACGAUACAUGCAAGCAGUUGAUCCUGGAGACAAUUUUCGAGCUGCAAAAUCCGCAUAACCUGGACACUCUACGCUACGUUCUCCGCGAUCACACGUUGCAAGGCUCCCGCUGCAUCUACAAAAUGGUUACCUCCCGCUUAGUGCUAGACGCAAUGACUAAGCAACUUGUCCUUCAGCGGAUCAGCUCCGUCCUCGCCGAGGACUCCUCGCAGCAUUACCACCGGUUAACUGAAGAAUGUAAUAACCCGUCUUAG